GCUUACUGCUCCGCGCUUUGCUCUAUCGCUUUGACAUUUUAUCCCCUAUUUCUUCUUUUAUUUUAUCUCCUUUUAUCACCUAAUUUUAACUUUAGCAAAUCAGCACAGUGCUCAUACGUCAAAGUUUGGAUUACUACAAAAACUGAGAAUUCUUUUACCCGGCCAGCUUACAUUCCGGGAAAGGAAAACACAACUGCCCAAAGGAUAAGAGAAAAUGCCUCUUCUGGAAUCUACUUGCUGCACAAACUGCCACAGACUUUUACAAAGGAUUGCAGUUCUUGAAACAAAGUUACUUACGAGACCACCAAACCAGACGGAGCACACAACGGAGCUUCGUCAUGGACACCCUCAGCAUACCGGUGAGUCCCAUAAAACUAGUGCUCCUCGACAGGUAGAGAAACAAGCCGAUCGACUUACUAAUCGAUGGCACAAACAGGGAGCGAGACCCAAAGGCACUCGAGACAUCAGACUGUCACGAGCAUCACAUAUUACUGCAGUAGCAUCCUCUACCCCAGAUACAGCUCUGACAAGGAUUGCAAACACUAGUCUCCUACCACCGCCUAUACAUCUUCAGAACAGAUUUGAAGUGCUAAUGAAUGUAAAUGAGGAAUCCCCAAACGUGAUGAAUGUGAUCGAACACAGACUGAAUGGGCCAGUAGCUAACACUGAUGCUAACUGGCGCUCAAGGUUGAGCAGACACCGGCACUCCGCUCAGAGAGCAGCAGAGCCCAGGACUCUGAUAGUGGGGGACUCCAUAAUCAGAAACAUUAGCGGCAGGGAUACAACUACGUGCUGCCUUCCACAAGCAACAACUUCUGAUGUUAACAGGGAACUUCAGAAUAUUCUGAUGAAACAUAAGACUACAAAUCAACUCAUCAUUCAUGUGGGGAAGAAUGAUAUUCAUAAAGAGCAGUCAGAACUCCUUAAGAAGGAUUUCAAUGAACUUUUUGAAACACUUGAAAGACUGAAAGUUCAAACAUUCAUCAGUGGACCUCUCCCAGCAAGAGGAACAAACAGGUUUUCACGGUUACUUGGGCUAAAUACGUGGCUGCAAAAAACCUGCAAUAUAAAAGGAGUGAACUUCAUUGACAAUUUCAAUCUUUUCUGGAGUCAGAGACAACUCUUUCAUCGGGAUGGGCAUCACCCAAACAAACUUGGUUCAAUAGUGUUAAAGGAUAAUAUUUACUUCUCCCUCAAUCAUCCUUCUGCAGUUUGUGCCAAUCCACUCAAUCUGAACGGCACACACACAUCUGGACACAGUAUGAAUGACCAUGGGACUUCACUUCAGCAGCAAAAUGGACAUGAUAACACCACUCCACCACAACAACCUCUGCUCAUGGACACAAUCUCAGCUGAGCCCUGCCCACAGAGCUCAUCACAGACAGACAUAUCAGAACUGCUUGAAGAUUCAGCACCCAAGGACGACUUCCUGGAAAACAGCCAGGGAAGCCAGGACAGCAUAUCACAACCUCCGAUAACAGCAGAGCAACGGGACCUUUCACCAGACACCUUUUCCCUCUCACCAGCCUCGCCCCUUCUGUGCUUCUCACAGAAAAUGGAAGAACUGGUGUAUGCUGGAACCAGACUAUCCCACUCUUUUGCUGCAAGCCCCCAGAUAACAACCAAAAAAAGACAGGCUCCAUUACCACCGACUUCGAAGCCUGCAGCAAAGCUUGCGGGCCCAGCUCGCCCUACCGCUCCUGUGAGAAUUCUUCGGCCUCUGCCACAACGCCAGGCCCCACACCUUCCUUCAUCUGCUCGAGAACAAGCGGGAACCCAGUGUGCCUGCAUCUUCCUCUAUUGCUGUUCUAUUACAAGAUAGAAAGUCUAAGGCCUUCAAUAGCCGUACUGCAAACCUAACUAAUCUGGUGCCUAUUACACGUCGAACUAAUAUUGCUGUGGGGAUAAGUAAGACUGUUAAGUUAGCACUCCUUAACAUCCGCUCACUUAAAAAUAAAUCACUUCUAGUCAACGACUUAAUAACCACAAACAAUCUGGAUUUUAUGCUUCUGAAUGAAACCUGGCUAGAAGACAGCUGCAGUGCAACAAUCCUAAAUGAAGCAGCCCCCCCUAACUUUACUUUUAUGAGUGUUUGCAGAGCUGCUAAGAGAGGUGGGGGUCUAGCUGCUCUUUUUAAAGAUAUCUAUCAAUGUAAGCAAAAAUCAUUUGGGAAUUAUUUGUCUUUCGAAUAUCUGGGUAUUGUGUUAAAAGGUGCUCCACGCAUUUUACUUAUCAUUAUUUACAGGCCUCCAAAAUACUCUCCAGCCUUUGCUGAGGACUUUACAGAACUGUUAUCGACAAUUACCUCAGAGUUUAACUGUUUUGCCAUUGCUGGAGAUUUUAACAUCCACAUAGAUAAUGCAGAAACCAAUAUGGCAAAAGAAAUCAAUACUGUUUUAAAAACUUUUGAUCUUACUCAGCAUGUACAUGCACCCACACACAAUCGUGGGCACACUCUAGAUUUACUUAUCAGUAAGGGUCUAAACAUUUCAUCGAUUGUUAUCAAGGAUUUAGCACUGUCUGAUCAUUUCUGUAUUUUCUUUGAUAUAUUGAUCUCUCCUGCCACUGAAGCUAGGUCUGUGUCUGUCAAGAAGAGAUGCUUAAAUGAGAACACUAGUGUACUAUUUAUGAAGGCUAUAUCCUUAACACCAAGCAUAUCUGCAGACUCUGUUGAUUUUCUCCUUGAUUCCUUUAACUCAAAAGUUAAAACUGUAAUUGAUGAUAUUGCUCCUGUGAAAGUCAGGAAGAAGAGUGGCAGACAAAAAGCACCUUGGAGAAACUCAACAGCAGUGCAAAAUAUGAAAACACAAUGCAGAAAAGCAGAACGCAUAUGGCGGAAGACAAAACUUGUAGUCCAUUAUAACAUCUACAAAGACAGCCUACAUGCUUUUAAUAUGGAACUAGGCAAAGCUAGACAGACUUUCUUCUCAAAUAUUAUAAACAGUAAUUUAAACAACACACGCACUCUUUUUGCUACUGUAGAGAGACUGACAAACCCGCCAAACCAGAUUCCCAGUGAAAUGCUCUCAGACAACAAGUGCAGUGAGUUUGCUUCUUUCUUCUGUGAGAAAAUCAAUAAUAUCAGAAAGGUGAUCAGCACAUCCUUGAGUUGCCCUGGGGUUAGACAGAUAAUCAAACCACCUGAGAAAGUUGUUACUAUGUCUGACUUCAAAGAAAUUGAUGGCACAAUUUUGGAAGAAACCGUACAACACCUUAAAACAUCAACCUGUUCUCUUGACACACUUCCCACAUCAUUUUUCAAAAGUGUGUUAAACAGCUUAGAAGCAGAUCUUCUAGAAGUGGUAAAUGCCUCACUUCUCUCUGGGAGUUUUCCAAACUCCCUGAAAACUGCAGUUGUAAAGCCCCUCCUGAAAAAGAACAAUCUGGAUAAGACCAUAUUAAGCAGCUAUAGACCGAUCUCAAAUCUUCCUUUCAUAGGCAAGAUCAUUGAAAAAGUUGUCUUCAAUCAGCUGAAUAAAUUCUUAUGCGCGAAUGGAUACUUUGACAAUUUUCAAUCUGGUUUCCGACCACAUCACAGCACAGAGACAGCGCUCAUAAAGAUAAUAAACGAUAUUCGCUUAAAUACUGAUUCAGGCAAAUUAUCAGUGCUGAUACUACUCGACCUCAGUGCUGCAUUUGACACUGUCGAUCAUAACAUACUUCUUGACAGGCUGGAAAACUGGGUGGGGCUUUCUGGGAUAGUCCUAAAAUGGUUCAGGUCAUACUUAGAUGGGAGAGGUUAUUAUGUGAGUAUAGGAGAUCAUAAGUCUGAGUGGACAUCCAUGACAUGCGGAGUCCCUCAAGGCUCAAUUCUUGCGCCAAUCCUGUUCAACCUGUAUAUGCUCCCAAUGAGCCAAAUAAUGAGAAAGAACAAAAUUGCUUACCACAGCUAUGCAGACGACACACAGAUCUACUUAGCUCUAUCGCCUAACGAUUACAGCCCCAUUGACUCCCUGUGCCAAUGCAUCGAUGAAGUCAACAAUUGGAUGUGUCAAAACUUUCUUCAAUUAAACAAAGACAAAACUGAAGCAAUUGCAUUUGGAAACAAAGAUGAAGUUCUCAAGGUGAACGCAUACCUUCACUCUAGGGGUCAAACAAUUAAAAAUCAAGUCAGGAAUCUUGGUGUGACACUAGAGUCAGACCUUAGUUUCAGUAGUCAUGUCAAAGCAAUAACCAAAUCAGCAUACUACCAUCUGAAAAAUAUUGCAAGAAUUAGAUGCUUUGUUUCCAGACAAGACUUAGAGAAACUUGUUCAUGCUUUCAUCACCAGCAGGGUGGAUUACUGUAACGGACUCCUCACUGGCCUUCCCAAAAAGACCAUUAGACAGUUGCAGCUCAUACAGAACGCUGCCGCCAGGAUUCUGAGCAGAACUAGAAAAUAUGAACAUAUCACACCAGUCCUCAGGUCUUUACACUGGCUCCCAGUUAAAUUUAGGAUUGAUUUUAAAGUAUUAUUACUGGUAUAUAAAUCAUUCAAUGGCCUAGGACCUCAAUACAUUGCAGAUAUGCUCAAUGAAUAUAAACCCAACAGAUCACUCAGAUCACUAGGAUCAUAUCAGCUAGAAAUACCAAGGGUUCACUCAAAGCAUGGCGAAUCUGCUUUUAGCUAUUAUGCCAGCCGCAGCUGGAACCAGCUUCCAGAGGAGAUCAGAUGUGCUCCUACAAUAGUCACUUUCAAAUCCAGACUCAAAACGCAUCUGUUUAGCUAUG